AUGUCCCGGCUCCCUGGGCGUGGUGGGCGCUCCUGCUGCCGCGAGCCCGUUCUGUCCGAAUGCUAUACAGCAAAUGGGGCUGACUAUCGUGGCACUCAGAACCAGACCUCCCAAUAUGCAGGGAAACCUUGUCUAUUUUGGAAUGAGACCUUUGAGCAUCCUUAUAAUACUGUGAAAUAUCCCAAUGGGGAAGGAGGGCUUGGAGAGCAUAACUACUGCAGAAACCCUGAUGGGGAUGUCAGCCCAUGGUGCUACAUUGCAGAACAUGAAGAUGGAAUAUACUGGAAGUACUGUGAGAUUCCAUCCUGCCGAAUGCCAGGAAAUCUGGGCUGUUACAAGGACCAUGGAGAGCCACCACCUUUGACUGGCACCAGCGAGACCUCAAAUAAACUCACAAUCCAAACAUGCAUCAGCUCCUGCCGAAGUCAACAGUUUAAGUUUGCAGGCAUGGAAUCAGGUUAUGCUUGUUUCUGUGGAAAUAAUCCUGACUACUGGAGAUACGGGGAGGCAGCCAGUACGGAAUGCAACAGUGUUUGCUUUGGAGACCACACUCAGCCCUGUGGUGGGGAUGGCAGAGUCAUUCUCUUUGACACCCUGAUUGGUGCCUGUGGAGGGAAUUACACUUCUGCUACAGCUGUGAUCUAUUCCCCAGAUUUUCCUGAUACAUAUGGCACAGGCAAAGUCUGUUACUGGACCAUACAAGUUCCAGGAGCAUCUCAAAUCCACUUCACCUUUGUCCUUUUUGAAAUCAAAGAUGCUACAGAUAUGGUGGAACUGCUGGAUGGUUAUACCUAUCACGUUCUAGCUCGUUUUAAUGGCAAGAACCGGCCUCCCCACACCUUUAACAUCUCUUUGGAUUUUGUCAUUUUGUACUUUUUCUCAGAUGACAUCAAUCAAGCCCAGGGAUUUGCUAUCAGGUAUAGAGCUGUGAAGGAUAAUGUGCAUCAAAACAAGACCCCAGUGAAUCACACCCUUUCAGAGAGGAUGAAUGAACAAGCAAAUCUCAGCAUCAACGCAGCCCGGUCAUCAAAGAUCCUCUAUGUCAUCACAACCAGCCCAAGUCAUCCAACUAGCUCCAUGCCUGAAUGGACAAUAUACAGUCUAACAGCACUGCUCAUCCUAAGUGUUACAGCCAUAAUAGCAAAGAUACUUCUGCACAUUACCAUGAGGUCCCACCAGAUUCCAGCUGCAGCUGAAACAGAAGAUUGCAGUGAUGUCACUACUGCUGGUGAGAUCUGGAGUAUAUUUUACCAACCAUCCACAUCAAUAUCCAUCUUUAAGAAAAAGCUUCGAAAUCAACAAGAUGAUUGCAACCCACUGGUGGGAAACUGAAGUCUUUUAUUUUGCAAGAAUUGAUCUUGUUAAAAUCCAGGUGACUUGAGAUUAAUCUUCCUUUUUUUUCCUCCCAAUCUCAUACCUGCUUUUCGAAAAGUCAGUUUCCAAAGGCUUUUGAGUGACUUUGCCUAUCUGCUGUUCUCAGUGACAACGGAUUUCAUUGCAGCAAUAAUUUUGAAAUACCUGGUGCUUCUCAAGUCUGUAGUGCUGUUAAUUACUGCCUUUAAACCAUUGCACUUAAAAUAGAUGUAAAAACUUGUAAAAUUCAAAAUGUCCUGUACCCCUGUCAAAGGUAACUGAAGGGGUAUCUACAGGUUGAGGAUUUCUUGUGUCCCACUUGCCUUUGCCACUGUGUUGUAUCAGGCUACUUUAGUCCUUUUAUUCUCAAGGCUGAAGAGAGAGGUGGGUACUGAUAACCUGUUCAGCUACCACAGCAAGCAGAGCUGAUUUACCUUGAUGUAAACACAUCUAACUGUGUUUACAUACUCCUAUACAGUAGAAUAGGAAUCAAAGACUGGAAAAAUUAUCAGCCUGGUUGCUCAGUGCUGUGCUCUUUUUGCAUUUUCUGUUUGUGUCUACAAGCAGAGAUGCAAACAUGAAGAAUCAAAUUCAGGAUGACUCUAAAACAAGAUUCAGCUACAAAUACACGAUUUGAUUGACUAGUGCUCACCAGGUCAAGGCCUGCACAAGCAUUGAAGCCUUUUAAAUGACUCUCUCUGACCCAUCAUUCACUGAUGUUUAUGAUAAUUUUGUUCAUAUUCACAGUGAUCCUUUAAAAAAACUAUUGUACUCCAGCCUGACAGCCAGCAUUCAUCCUGGGUAUAAGCUUAGGGCUUCUUAAAGGAUUGUCCAAAGAUACUGUAAUCCACUGAAUUUUUAUCAGUGAGGCUAACAAAUUUUUUCUCUGAACUCACAUGUGUUAAUCUCAGCAGCCCAAACUAUUUACAAAGUUGUAGGCUGCUAUCACCAAUUCACCUGGACCAGACUGUGCAUCUGAACAUGCAAGAAACAGCUGCCUUGAUAUUUACCUGUGAGGAGAAAUGUCUCUUUGCCUGCAGCACUAAAACUGAACUGAAUUUUAAGGUAAUUGCCUUAAUUGUCAAAGAACUAAAACAUCAGUGGGGUUCUGAUCUGUGAAUUAUUUUCUCUUUGAUUGCAACAGACAGCAUUAACUAUUUCUUCUCUUUGGUAGACUGACUGUCCAUCCAAAAUACUCAGAUUUCUCAUCCCACCAUCACAAGUGGGAAACAAGUGAUUCCAAGGGAUCAGCAGUGAGUCUUUCAGCCCCAGCAAGUUCAGACCAGCAAGAUAUUUAGGGAAAACUGUCAAUGCAAAUGUCAAAUUGUCUGGCAAAGUUUACAGUGGGCAGCUCCUUAAUCUCAGUUAGAGGAGGUUCACUGAGAACCAUUAAACCACAGUAAUUCUGGUUAAGUUUGAGCAUAUGCCAGUGGUCUGCAGCAUAUGCCAGAUGUGCAGUCAGAGAACAUCUAAUAAGUGCAUCUGCAAAAGGUAAUUGAGAAAAGUCAGAAAAUUGUCACUAAAUUCAUUAUAGUAUCUGCCCUUAUGUUUUUUAACAUAUAACUCCCUCCUUUUUGUGAGAACUACAGAUUUCAUUGAAAAAACAGGGCACCAAAGAAUUAAGCAGUGAAAUAUUGUGCCUUACCACUGGAGAUCUGGUCUUUUACCUGAACUGAAUUCAGUUCAGCUUGAUUUAUGUACCACAGAUGAGUGCUAGAGACAGCUGAACAAUAUCACAAUGCAUGCUUAAAAGAAACCAGACUUUACUAAGCCAGCAAUUAUGGAAUUGUUUAUAUAAAAAAUGGAAUAGCAUGGGAACAUCUAGUACUUUCUUGCGUGAGCUGCUGGAAAGAAUACAGGAAAAUAUAAUUACAGUAUUAGCUGAAAUGAAGACAGGACAAGUUGUAAAAAAUGUGCUGGUUCUCUCUUAUGUGUCAUCAUGUUGGACCAAAAAACAUUGUCUGUUUCAGGCCCAACGAAAGUUCUGAAAUUGCAUUUUUUAAAAGUAAGGUUUUGCAUCGUGCUGUGAGGAGAAAGAGUUCACCUCAGAGAUUCAGAGCAAAACAAAGCAGGUUGGUUCCCAAGCAUCCUUCAUUUGGUGCACUAAUAGGAAAGCAGGCAGAGAGAAUCACAGUGCGGUGCCGGAUCCUCGGGAGCUGUUACAAGCACAUAGUGCUUAUCACAAAGUGAUCAAACUUUGCUUGCCUUAUCAAAUACAAGUUAAACAUUUUGGCAGAGUGACAUUCAUAAAGCACUUACCUAAUGAGGAUAAACUGGAGAAACAUCAGGAACACCCAGUGACUGAGUUACACCUACUGCAGAAAGAAAAAACUCAGAAUUUUAUGCUUCUCUUCCUCAGUGAAGAAUUUAAUUUCACUAUAAUAUUAGAGAAAAUUUCAUAACAAACAGCAACAAAGACUGAUGCUACUAAUGCAAAAAUCUAGAGAAUUCAAGGAGAGAGAUUUUUGCAUUGCUUUCUUAGCUCCUCAAAUAUUUUUUUACAUAAAAUUGUCUUUCAUGGGACUUUCAUGGGGAACAUUAGUCAAAUUUAUGUACAAAAGUCCCAUAAAACCAGCACUUCCAGCAGAUUAACUGGUCAUGGCAACAAUAAACAUGACUAUAUUACACAGUGCAUGGGUAAUUCACUGAUAAAAGCAUAGAAAAAACUAUGUAAUUCCCCACCAAAUCUUUCAGAUUGGCUGAUUCUAGAUACUUCUAGUGCUAGUAAACAGAAUAAUGGAUGGAAAUUCAUGGACAGGGUCCCUUAAACAGCACUUAUUACUUUACAGGGCUGAGACCAUGAUGAGCAGGUAGAUCUCCAGUGUGAUUUUUUCAAAAUGUGGUAGGGUCACUCACACUUGUAGUGCUGACACUUCAGGUGUGCUGAUUUAUGGCCAAGAUAUGUGGUAUCCAUUAACAAAGCAUGUUUUGAUCUUUGAUGUAAGGGUUUGGGGGAGAAAGAAGCAGAAAGUGUGACCAUGUACAACUGUUGUAAUCCCAAAAAGAAAUGCUCCCACUACACAGCCAGCUGAGAGCUGGCAUGGAGAGCAGGGACACGUCAGGAUGUUGGUGUUUACACCAUUUUCUUUGACAAAUUGAAAAUAACUGCAGAAGGAUUUGUUUGGAAUUGUAUCUGAAUGGCCUUCUGAGCUCCUGCCUAGCAGUUCCCUCAAGAGGCUGGACAGGCUGCAAAUGUGACAGUAACUACAGAGUCAAAAGCAACUGUUGUGACAACCAAAUCAUCAUGAGGAGCUGCCUCCUCAUUCACUUGGAUUUCAGCUCCUGCUCUGGCCCCCUACUCACUCUUGUGUUGGUGUGACCAGCUGUGUCGUGGUGCAAUAAACUGAUUGGGUCAAAAAUGGCCAUGGCUUUUUCUUCCCUGAGUUACUUUUUACAGAGCUGAGCUCUCUGGCCUUGCUCCUGGGGUGGCUGCACAGGGAGAUGAGCUAAGAGCUCCCCGAAUCCACAGCUAAGCAGACAAUAAGCCAUAGGACAAGGACAGAUGUCUGCCCCAGGAGCUGGGGCAAUGAGCACUUCUGGAACUGCCACAGAGCGAUCCGUGAGCCUGCUGCCUUCACACAGCAGCCAGUUCCAGCAGCCUACUCUGUGUGUGGAGCUCAGCUGGAAAGGGGCCAGCUGGACAAGUGCCUUCCCUCGUUCAAAAUCUACAUUUAAAACUAGCUUAGUUUGUUGACUACAUGAUUUUAUAUGUAUUUUUAUCUUAAUAUUGUUAUGUUGUGGGAAAAUAGAGACGUUGUUAUGUAAAAAUGUGUGAUGUGUUAUCAUAGUAAUAUAUAUAUAUUUGUAUAUGUAUAGGAAAUGCUUAUUUAAUACAGCAUAUUAUGCUUGUAUCUUGCUAACAUUUUAUAGGAAGAAAAGAUGUUAGUUUACACUCUGGGAAAAAUAAAUUUUCUAUACACUGUAACCAUAGGGAAAAAAAAAAUCAAAGAUACUUCUUUGGUAUAUAUGAUAGACAGACAUUGAGAAUAGGGGAACUCAGCCUCAGUUUUGUGACAGAAUAGAUGCUGAUAAAACAAUUGCUGUAAGAAAUACUUUCCUCCUUUGAAUCUCAUUUCUAGCCUGUAAUUGUAUUAGGCUGUUCAUCAGAUUCUGCAAAUUCAUGUGCAUCUCUUUGGAUGAUUUUUACCACCAAACAUGUAAUCUGCUUUUUCAAUCAAGCAUUAUCUUCUUUAGGACUUGUUUGUGCCAAAUUCUUUACAGCCAGGACAAUGCUGAGGAAGUUUAUCACAUUGCUCACACAAACAGUCCAGUGGGAUUGCAGAAUUAAAGUCUAUGUAUUCUAACCCCCCCAGCAACAGCAUAAAUAGGAAGUAUUUAUGGAUAGUCCUAGAAACUGCACUGAAUCUGCAGCCUGGAUGACUACAGGCCAAACCCAUCAGCAGACACAUGGCUGCCACUGAAUGAGCAUAAGUAGCUAUUCCACUUUCAUCUUCUGUUUAAUAAGCCUUCUCAGGCAAUGGGAAGGAACAGAUUUUUCUAGCGCACCACUUUGCCUAAAGGAAGGGUGAACUACAAAAACAACUCCUGACAAAAACUUGUCCAACUAGUUCUUACUGCCUUGCAGCAGCGUUUCACAAUCUUCCAAUGAAAUACAGUUCACUGAUAGUUUCACCUGAAUAUUGUUCUGGACAUUUAUGAACAAUUCUGCUACCUUGAGAGUAAAAAAUACAAUUGUUUUCAGACCAUACCAUUUUUUGUGUAAGAAAAAUUCCCCAUUACACACACUUUUCACGCCACUCAAAUUUACUGAGCACCUGUGCUUUGGGAUGAAAUUUGGCAUUGUGAACUUCAAUCUGAAGACAUUUUGCUACAAGUCCAAAAGCUAUCACAUGAACCACACAUAAAGCUGUCAAGAAACCAGAAUAAAUCAAAUUUGAAAUGACUCGCUGCUGAAGUACGUGCUGUGUUUAUAACUGUUCACCCUGCAUUCAGCAAAUGUUGUAAAUAAUAAUUAUGAAAAAACAAAUACAGUGUAUUUGUGCAGGAGGAGUUGUUGGGAUGACAAACAUGUGUACAAAUAUGAAAUAAAGGAGGCAGAAACUGCUGCAGUUCACUAGCAGA